CGAGGUUGAGGAUGAUAACUUUGAAUGAAUAGCUUUUUUAAGAGAUUUAAUUUUAUUAAUAGUCGGCCUCAUAUUUAAAAGCUUGCACUGGGAAGAGGACGGGCUGACGCUAGAGACCAGUACCAGUAUCCCCUAUCACAGGCCAAUCGCUCGCUGCUGCAAGUCAGUCUCGGAUUUAUUUUAAGAGUAUAUUAUGAUUCUGGUUAUCUUUCGGCUUCUUAGUACGACUAAAUGUCUUUUUAUAGCCUCAUCUGAUAUCUCCCGUGCAAUACGGUAAAUAUGGUGUUUAAAUUAAGUUGCUUAAGCUUGCUUUUAGCGUCGUAGCCUUAGAGGGCCCGCGGAGCCCUGUAGUCGUUCUCUGGAACCCUCGGCACCCGGCGCUCGGCAAGCGUCUUGCACAGUUGGCGACGAGUCGUCAAAUCUGUACGUUUCUCUAUAAAGUCAUCAAUGGAAACCUUUUCAGUAGAGAAUAUUCUUCAAAGUCGAUAGUCCAGCAAGUGUAUAUCGUUAGAGAAAGCCGCAGUCGCGCAGUUUUCACCAUGUGGCCCGUGUCAAGGAAUACAUCGACGCCACCCGCCUUUCUGGCCCUACGAUCUAGUCCAAGGCUGAUCAUUUUUACUGUCGCCUUCGCCAUAUUUUCGGAUAUAUUCCUCUAUGCCGUGGUUGUACCAGUCCUCCCGUUUGCUCUCACGAGUAGAGUUGGGAUUGAGGAAAAAGAUGUCCAAACUUGGGUAUCAGUCUCCUUAGCCGUGUUUGGAGGCGCCUUGCUCAUCGCUGCACCUAUAUGGGGUUAUUUUGCAGAUCGGUAUCAGAACAGACGAAUUCCUAUGUUAAUAGGAUUAGUCAUCCUCGUCGGGUCUACCGUGCUGCUUUGCCUGGUUAUGAAUAUCCCAAUGCUCAUUGUAGCUAGAAUCUUGCAAGGUUUUGCUGGAGGCAUGACCUGGACUGUUGGUCUUGCAUUGAUUAUUGACAGCGUUGAUCCGAAAAAUAUUGGAAAAGAGCUAGCUUGGACCAGCAUUGCUCACAGUUUGGCAGUCUUCAGCGGCCCUAUCCUCGGUGGAAUUAUUUACAACCAUUCCGGGUACUAUGCGGUCUAUGCCGUUUGCUUUGGAAUUCUGGGUUUCGAUAUUGUUAUGCGGUUGGCCAUUAUUGAGAGAAAGGACGCCAAAAGGUUUGGGCAGCAAAGCGAGCAAAGUACCAACGAGCUUGAGCCAGUCACCAUGCAGUCCACUGCAGUCGACUCGCAAGCUAAAGCUGAAUAUCCCAGCAUGGACAAACAUUCGCCUGCUACAGUUCACACUUCCCCAAGAAAUCCUAGACCCAGGAAGAGCUUUAUUGGUGAGCUAGCAAACUUGUUGCGAAAGCCUCGACUCCUGGCUGCAAUGCUGGGGACUGCUGUUCAAGGCAUUGUCCAAACCGGCCUCGAAAGCACCAUUCCAUUAUUCGUUGCCGGAACCUUUGGUUGGGACUCUACAGGCGCUGGUCUAAUCUUCUUGCCUCUUGUUAUGCCAACCAUGUUGUCGCCGAUUGUGGGUGCGUUGGGAGACCGGUAUGGCCCAAAGUGGCUCUGCACCAGCGGUUUUCUUCUCAUCACCCCAUUCGCCAUCAGCCUACGGUUUGUCACCGAGAAUAGCAUUGAGCAAAAGGUAAGGCUCUGCGCCUUGCUCGCCUGCAUUGGAGUUGGUCUGGCGCUAGUCUUUUCGCCAUUGACAGCAGAGAUGUCAUGGGCUGUUGAGGAGGACGCCAAUGAGGAUGAUGGCUCUGCUCCCCCCUAUGCUCAGUCUUAUGGCUUGUUCAAUGUCGCAUUUUCUGUUGGAGCGAUUAUUGGGCCUCUCCUAGGUGGUGCUCUCAGAGAGCAUUAUGGCUUUGGUACAGUUGGUUGGGUUUUUGGUGUUAUUACUUUUGUCACUGCUAUUGUGCAGCUUCUUUGGAUCGGCGGAAAUCUGUUUCCAAGAAAACAGUUGAUUACGAAUGCCUAAUCUGUUUAUAUAUACCCAUUUUUUAAAUAAUUAAUACAGAAAAAAGUUGGCAGUGGAGCGGCUUUGCUC